GAGCUUGACUGAAACUGAAAGAUUAUUUUCGCUAUUAUUAUUCUUCCUCUCCUAAAUUUUCAUGAAACUAGCAAAAUUUAUUAAAAAUUAUACUGUAAUAAACAUUGGGUGAAAAUUCUGAGUUCAGAGGUGAGUUGAGAACGUACCAAAUUAAUUAUUUUAUUCGUGAGAUAGAAAAAUUUUGAGCCGUACUUCUUGGAAUAAUGCAGAACGAUGGGUAUAAGCUUUUGCCGAGUAUAGAUGGGUAUGUGCAAGUAAUAUUAAUGAAAAUUGACGGUAAAUCAUCAAUAAAAUAAUAAAAUCGUCCUUAAAUGGUGUUAUGGACAUUAUUACAGGAAAUUUUACGGCAAUAAGGACAACCGAAUACGAUUCGUGUGACGAAUAAUAAGAAGAGUCUCUAGAGGGGGUACACGAAAUGUUAUAAAACUGUGGCCACAAAUGACUAAAUAAAUAGUUAUUUUAUUUGUCUUGAUCAAUCAUCGUGGCAAUUUACUGAAUCGCUACUUAUUAAUAAACGAUAUCUCGUCUGUGAGUGCGUGAAUUAAGAACUAUGAGAGUGUUAGUUCGAGCUGAUACACACGUAACGUUUUCUUUGCCGGAUAACGAACCUAAACAAAAAUGUACUUGGUCUCAGUUGUUAACCGCGAUCGCGGUUUCUUGGGUUUCCAUGAUAAUCGGAUACUGUUCAGCUUAUACCUCCCCCGCCGCCAUAUCAUUGGAAAGGGACUUUGAUCUGGAUGCCACUAAAUUAUCGUGGAUUACCAGUUUGAUGCCACUGGGUGGUUUAGCUGGAGGAAUGGUUGGUGGUACUUUGAUAGAAAACUUAGGAAGAAAAUGGACCAUUUUGCUGACGGACAUUAUGUUUUUGGUCGCGUUCCUAACAAAUUUCCUGGCACAAGAUUAUGUGUACCUAUACAUUUGUAGAGUAUUAUCAGGACUGAGUGUCGGCAUACUGUCAUUGACACUUCCUGUUUAUUUAGCGGAGACAAUUCAACCGGAAGUACGCGGUACUUUAGGUUUAUUACCGACCGCCUUUGGCAACAUCGGUAUAUUGCUUUGCUACCUGUUCGGUACAUUUUACGAAUGGCAAGCACUAGCACUAGUAGGAGUCAUUCUUUCAGUACCGUUUGUGAUAGUAUUUUGGGUGAUAAGGGAGACCCCUAGGUUCCUAAUUUCGAGGGGUAAAGAGGAAGAAACGAAAGAGGCUUUGAAAUGGUUACGCGGUCCUUCUUCUGAUAUCGACAAAGAAUUUUACGAAUUGAAAAAGAGCCAAGAAGAUUCCGACGAAGAUAAGUUUAGCGUGACCGUAUUGUUUUCCAAGAACAACCUGAAACUUUUGGGAAUAAUGCUAGGAUUGAUGGGUUUCCAACAAUUUAGCGGCAUUAACGCUGUUAUUUUCAACACUACCAAAAUCUUUAAAGAAACCGGAUCCAAUAUGGACGAAGCUAUAUCGACCACCAUAGUUGGAAUCGUCAACUUCAUUUCAACAUUCAUCGCUGCCGUUUUGGUGGAUAGAUUGGGCCGCAAAAUCCUUCUCUACAUCUCGAGCGUUUCCAUGGUGCUAUCGUUAAGUGUCCUAGGAGUAUACUUCUUCCUUAAAGAUGCCAUCCAUUACGAUGUGAAACCGUUUGGUCUCUUGCCGCUGAUCAGUUUCAUCGUUUACGUUUUGGGAUUCUCUCUUGGAUUUGGACCAGUACCGUGGCUUAUGAUGGGUGAAAUUUUACCGGCUAAAAUCAGAGGUCCGGCGGCAUCCGUAGCUACAGCUUUUAAUUGGACGUGCACCUUUAUAGUAACCAAGAUAUUCUUGCUGUUAGCUAAUGCGAUCGGUUUCCAUUACACCUUCUGGAUCUUCGGAGGUGUGGUAGCAAUCGGGCUGGUGUUCGUUAUAGCCGUAGUGCCGGAAACCAGAGGUCAGAGUCUAGCGGAUAUCGAAAGAAAACUCGCCGGUAUGAAAGUGCGAAGGAUGAGUUCCGUAGCCAAUAUGAAGCCGAUGCCAUCUAGCUUUUAAACUAAAUCCUGACUGAAUUUUAUAGAACUUCAACCUGAAUCUCAGAUAGAAUUUGUUAAUUUUUAUGUAGUAUUUCUUCGGGGUCCAAAAGCAAAAGAUCUAAGGAAAUAUUUGUUAUAGAAGAAAACUUGUGAUAUUGUUGUUUGUAAUUCGUUGAGCUGUAAAAUUGCAUCUCACAAUUGCGCGUUCUAGAUGGACUUCCAAAGCAGGUGGACCCUUUCGUAGAAAAGUGUUGUUAAAUAGUGUAGCAAUAAUAGCUCAGUCGUGUAAUUUAAAUUAUAUUAAAAGACAAUUUAUUUAUUUUAAAUAUUUUUAUAUAUAUGAAAUAGAAGUAUUUUUUAUUUA